AUGUUGCCUUCUAGGUACAGAGAGCAUCUGUCUUCCACGUGGUUCACAAAGCACAACAGGUUGAAGUUCCCUGGUGCCCUGCAGGGCCAGCGCUGGGUGUUUGUGAGAGAGGGACUGGGUGACUUCAGGAACGGAUGGCCACCUUGCCAUGGUCUGAUCACUCGGCCCAACGAGGCCUUUCUGCCCUGGAUUCAUCAUAGAGCCCCCCAACCUGCCCCCAAGAAGAGGCAGAGUAAGUUGCGCAAAGAAGCAGCCCUGUCCUCCAAGCUGUCGCUGGUCCAGCAGGCUCAGAAGGCUUUGAUAGAGGACAUGGAAGGUCACCUGGUCGCGCACCCCUUGGCUCUCUAUCCUCACCUGGAAGAAGCACUGCCUGUGGAGCUCUUACUAAAGGUGCUGGAGGCUCUUGAUCCUGAGAGGAAGCUGGAGGAUGCUUGGGCUUAUUGUCAGGACACUGGGAAAAGAAUGAAGGAAUCCACAAAAAGAUGUUCUACCCAAGUGUGCCUGGAACUUCCCAAGAAGACUCCUGUGUCACAUUCAGGCCAGUGGAUUUACAAAGAAAAGCCAAGUAAAAUGGAUUUGCUCCAGGAGGAUGGUCUUUUUCUUCAUGAAAAUGGAAGUUUGGACAUUGAUGAAGAGUUCAUUCUGGAACAGUUUAACACUGACUGUCAGAACAAACCAAACUCUGAUGUGCUCCACGUGCUGAGGUUAAACCAGGUUCCUUUGGAGCUAAAGAAGAAUGUACAGCUAAGCAAACUGCAGGAGGCAGAAUUCUUCCAGAAACCAGACCAUGAGAGAAAAUUCCAGAAACCACAG